AUGGCUUCGGCGUCCUUUCGGGAAUCGAUGAACUCGCUGGGCUGGUCGCGUCGCGAUCGAGACUCCCCUGUCAACACGUCGCAGCGAUCGGGUCUCCUGUCCUCGAUCCAGUCGCUGAACCCGUUUGGCGACCGUGGAUAUGUGCAACUCCCUACCACCGAGAGCGCUGGCGCUCCCUUGCCGGCCAGCAACCGCCGCGACGAGGAAGAAGGGUGGUUUGCCUUGAGUCGCUGGGAUCGAAUGCUGAUCUUUGGCGCCUGCAAUCUCGGCGCGCUCGCCUGCUUUAUUCUGUGCUUCGUCCUAUGGCCAGUCCUGAUGGCCACGCCUCGCAAAUUUGUCAUUCUAUGGUCCUUCGGAUCGGUUCUAUUCCUCUCUUCCUUCGCGGCUAUGAUGGGCCCCAUGGCGUAUGUUCAGCACCUGACCUCUGGUUCGCGCCUGCCCUUCACGGCAGCCUACUUCGGCUCUAUCGCGUUGACGAUAUAUUUUUCCGUCGGGCUUCACAACACGAUUUUGACUCUGCUGGCGGCUAUUGUCCAAAUCGUAUGUCUUCUUUGGUACCUGGUCAGCUAUUUCCCGAUGGGCUCAAGCAGCCUCCGUCUCGCCACCAGCUUUGGGGCACGGAGGGCAGCAUCUUGGAUGACGGGCUAG